AUGAGGGAGAAUGACCACUUCUUUGCACAUGAAGAACAGAUGAAUUUCGGGGAUGGAAAGAGAGGCCGAACAGGGCGCGGCGUGGUAGGGAUGGACAAGGUAUUAUCCACCGGGGGGAUACACACCGAAGAGAUUAUGACCGAAGAGGUGCUAACAGGAGGGAUGCUCCGCAAAAUGAACUUCUUCAGUGAAGACUUCAACAUGGCCAGCGUCCUGGAGGAACUACAAAGGCACUACAAAGAGAGGAAACACCUGCUGAGCGAAGUUAACCACGAUGUUCUUGCCACACACAAAAGGAGGGAAGGGCUCAGCAAGUACGAAGCAAAUCUACUUCACAAACAGACCCAAAUUAUUCUCUACAUGAGGAACAGUUACCAGAGUCUUAAUAAUGUCAGUUAUGUUAAGUAUCAUUUACCUUACUGUGUUCAGCCGAAGACGAAUAACACAGACAUUUGUGCAUCGAAAAAUGGACUCCAAAAAAAUGCGAAGAAGAAAAACAUUUUGCGGGAACUGAAUGUGCGGAAGAGACUCGCCGAAUACAAGGUAGCCCAUUUUGUCAAGAAGUACACCGGCAAAAUCAAGGGGAUUAACAUAAUGCACACGCAGAUGGCACAGCUAUAUGAGGAAAAAUCUACAAUUGAAAUUUUUGUAAAAAGCGGAGGUGACAGAAACAGCUUUGAUCUGAUCGUGGGGCACAUUGUCUUUUUCGAUUACCGCGCGAACGUGUUGCUUGAGAAUGUAGUGCUAGUUGUAAGGGAAAUUGGAAAGGGCAGGAACAUCAUCCGACAUUCACCCCCUGCCUUCUUUCAUUUUGCUAAAAAUGUUGUCUCUUAA